AUGCGGAGAGACACAGUAGCGCUUCGGGCUGUCCCUAUCGCGGGGCGGGGAGCCGUCAAGAGGCUGGUUGGACUAGCCUGUGUCGUCGCUCUGCUAGCGGGUUCGGAGGCCCUCUUGGACGACUCAGCGGCCGCCCAGAUCCUGCAGCCCGACUUGGGCAGCCCCUCGCCUCUUAUCGAACUGUACGGCUUUCGCUCUUCUGAGGACAAAUGGCCUGUAGAGGAGCACGCGCUGUCGUCGCUGUCGGGGCUUCACUUGGCGAGUUCACUGCGUCCAACAAGUUUGACUCCGGGAGCGGACGUCAAGCAGCUUGCUCCAUCGUUCCUUCAAACCACAGUUGGUGGACUUUUCAGACAUUUUCGCCGUCGUUCGGGUAGUCGCAGGAAGCGUGGAGGCGGUCUCUUUGGCCGCCGGAGAAAAAGGAGGAAGACGCGUCGAAAACGUAGACGAAAGAACUUCGCAAGGAGGAGGAGACCAAAGGGGAGACGCUCGAAGGAAGACAGGCGCCGCCGCAACGAGGAGCGCAAACGAAGAAGGGAACAGAAGCGGGAGGCCAAGCGGCAGGCUAAGGAGGCUAGGAGAGAAGCCAGGAGGCGUAAGAAAGAAGAGGACAUGCGACGCAGAGAGGAGAAGCGCGCGGCCAGACAGCGAGAGAAUGAGAAAAGAGCUGAACAGAGGAGACAGCAGAAGGAAGAGAAACGCCGCCGAGCUGAGCAGCGCCGGCGGGAGCGAGAAGAAUCACGGGCUGCCAAGCGGCGAGAAAAGGAAGAAAGGAGAGAGGCUACGAGACGCAGCAAAGAAGAGCGACGGAAGCGUAGGGAUGAUGAGCGAAAUGCGAAGCGGGAAGCGGAAGCAGAGCGAAAGGCUGAAAGGGGACGCGUAGACGAAGAGCGGCGGCGGCGUAGGGACGAAGAGCGGGAUGCUAGGCGGGAAGCAGAAGAAGAGCGAAAGGCUGAAAUGAAACACAGAGACGAAGAGCGGCGGCGGCGUAGGGACGAAGAGCGGGACGCUAGGCGGGAAGCAGAAGAAGAGAGGAGGGAUGAGAGGAAACACAGAGACGAAGAGCGGCGGCGGCGUAGGGACGAAGAGCGGGACGCUAGGCGGGAAGCAGAAGAAGAGAGGAGGGAUGAGAGGAGACGCAGAGACGAAGAGCGGCGGCGGCGUAGGGACGAAGAGCGGGACGCUAGGCGGGAAGCAGAAGAAGAGUGGAGGGCUGAGAGGAGACGCAGAGACGAAGAGCGGCGGCAGGAUAUGGACGAUGAGCGGGAUGCUAGGCGGGAAGCGGAAGAAGAGAGAAGGGAUGAGAGGAGACGCAGGGACGAAGAGCGGCGGCGGUAUAUGGACGAUGAGCGGGAUGCUAGGCGGGAAGCGGAAGAAGAGAGGAGGGAGGAAAUGAGGGAUGAGAUGAGACGCAGAGACGAAGAGCGGCGGCGGUAUAUGGACGAUGAGCGGGAUGCUAGGCGGGAAGCGGAAGAAGAGAGGAGGGAGGAAAUAAGGGAUGAGAGGAGACGCAGAGACGAAGAGCGGCGGCGGUAUAUGGACGAUGAGCGUGAUGCUAGGCGGGAAGCGGAAGAAGAGAGGAGGGCUGAGAGGAGACACAGGGACGAAGAUCGGCGCCGCAGCGACGACGAGCGCAAAUGGAGGAGAGAGGAGGAGGAAGAAGAUCGGGAGGGUCGCGAGAGAGACAGGGAAAGUGAGCGGCGCCGGCGACGCGGGGAUAGCAUCGAGGACCGGGAUGAAGAUUAUGACACGAGUGAAGCGGGGGGGCGGAGGCGCACGCGCCAAUCGGGGCGCAGCGGGAGCUCCCGCGAUAGUGAUUACGAUGACUUGUACGAUGAAGAGUAA